AAUCCACAGCGGAACUCUAGUCCGCCAUAUUGAGCAUUUGCAAGAACGCGCUGGAUACUGUGUAUCCACAACACACAAAAUAUUUAGAAGAUGACCCAGACAGUGCAGUCAAAUGGAGUGCAGCCCCUCAGUAAAACAUGGGAGCUCAGUUUGUAUGAACUGCAGAGAACCCCCCAGGAGGCGAUCACUGACGGGCUGGAGAUUGCAGUCUCUCCCCGAAGCCUCCACAGUGAGCUGAUGUGUCCCAUCUGCCUGGACAUGCUGAAGAACACUAUGACGACCAAGGAGUGCCUCCACCGCUUCUGCGCUGACUGCAUCAUCACAGCGCUGCGAUCUGGGAACAAAGAGUGUCCGACCUGCCGGAAGAAGUUGGUUUCCAAGCGCUCCCUCCGCCCCGACCCGAACUUUGACGCCCUAAUCAGCAAGAUCUACCCCAGCAGAGACGAGUACGAGGCCCAUCAAGAGAGGGUCCUGGCCCGCAUCAACAAACACAACAACCAGCUAGCCCUCAGCCACAGCAUCGAAGAGGGCCUCAAAAUCCAGGCCAUGAACAGGUUACCGAGGGGCAAGAAGCACCAGAUGGAGAACGGCAGCGGGGCGGAGGACAACGGCGACAGCUCCCACUGCAGCAACGCCUCGGUGCACAGCAACCAGGAGGCGGGGCCCAGCAUCAAGCGCACCAAGACGUCGGACGACUCGGGCCUGGACAUGGACAACGCCGCCGAGAACAGCACGGGCGACGCGGCCCUGGACGGCGCCAGCGAGAUCGAGCUGGUGUUCCGGCCGCACCCCACGCUCAUGGAGAAGGACGACGCGGCGCAGACCAGGUAUAUCAAGACUUCAGGAAACGCCACAGUGGACCACCUGUCCAAGUACCUGGCGGUGAGGCUGGCCCUGGAGGAGCUCCGUAAGAACGGCGACGCCAGCCCCAUCAACGUGGAGGCGGCCAGCGAGAAGCAGUACACCAUCUACAUCCCCACCGCCAACAGCCAGUUCACUGUCCUGAAUGGGUCCUUCUCCCUGGAGCUGGUGAGUGAGAAGUACUGGAAGGUGAACAAGCCCAUGGAGCUGUACUUCGCCCCGACCAAGGAACAGAAAUAGACCUGUCGCUCACCCCACCGGUGGGUGGGGCCUGGCCUGGGUGGGGCGGGGCUCAGUGGACUGACACUUCUUUCAUCUCCUCCUCCUCUCUCUUUCAAACUCAUCGGACUCAGAAGUCCUGCUUCUGAUUAACUGUGGCUGCUUUCUUUUUGUUUUUUUUUAAUGGUAUUUUGUAGGGGUUAAGGGUAUGGGGUGGGUUACUCUUGGGCAUGUACCUUUGUGUUUUUUUUUUUUUUUGGUUGUUUUUGUCUUUUUUAUCCCUAUGUGUGUAUAUAUAUACUGUUUAAACAUCAGGCACUCAUAAUUUGGAAAUGACCUAUUUCUGACAUCCCCCAGUAGAGUUCUCCUCUUUGUGUUCUUUAAAUUGUAAUCGGACAUCACUUGGAGAUCACGUUGUCUCACUAAACCACUUGUUCAUUUCAAGGCAUACUGAGUGCAAAGGAUGCUCUAUUAAUUAUUAUGAUCCAAAGUGUUUUUUUUUAAUUUUAAAUAUAUAUAUAUAAGCAAGUUUUCAAUUUGCCAACUCAAGGCCUGUCCCAUGUUUAUCAACUGCUUUCCAUUUUUGUUGCCUGGUCCCACGUGUGUACGUGUUCUACUAUCGCUUUGACGGGGGGCAGCUUUUUGGAAAACGAAGGGAUGCAUCUCGAGUGCGUCUGGAGCUUCGUGAAGACCGGCUGCAUCAGUGUGGACCGCGGCUUUGACCGCUCACUGUAACGUGACCAGAAUUUCCCCGCUAGUGUCCGUCACUUCCCAGGGAACAGCUUUCGGUGUGCAUUCCUGCUAUAGCGGCUAGUUAUCCCUGCUUAGCUGAUGUGCCCACAGAUUCUUUUGUGGCCCUUCAUCACGUACGAGUUUCUGCAACGUACUGUGGCAGCCGCCGUACAUUACCCACGCUGUGCAGCAGAUGCCGAACGUCAGACUUGCACAGACUGAUGUUUUUGAGCCUUAGGAAAGCAUUUAGAAUUGUCAUCAACAAUAAAGGAAGCAUUUCAUUUCUGUCUGAGAAAGAAGCCAAAUAAUGAUUUCAUAAAAACAAGAUAUUUUGAGAAACUUUUUCAAAUUCAAUUCAUUGGACGAUAUGAAAACAUUUAUAGCAUGUUGAAUUUUAGGUUGAAGAUGUCUUUUUGGAAAAAAAAAAAGGUUAA